AUGUCAAGCUCAGAUAGCCAAAACGCGUCGAUCGGUGACUACGAUCAAGAUGUCGAGCGCUAUAGUGAAGAGGAGAUAGACAUCAUGUCUUAUUCUCCUGAGGUCGAGCAACGACCUAGCAAAGCCCCCGAACGGGCCUCUACUGCACAGGAACCAACAAGGACGAGCGGAUCGUCAGGAUCCAGCUCAAGUGGUUCUGAAAGCUCGGGCAGCGAAGAGACCUCCACGAGUGGACGAGGUCUCCCGAGCGGGGGUGUUAGGGAAACACCUACCGGGGUGAUAGGGGAUCACCCGGAUACAGUCACCCGACCGCGUAAUGAGCCGGUCGAGGAUGAGAUGGCCGAGCCAGCGGCCGGGGAGGAUGAAGACGGCUUCCAGUUCCUCAAUAGCGACAGCGUCGCGGAAGAGAUGAGUGACCUCACCAAAGGGGAGGCUGCACGGAUUGCGGAAAGGCUAAGAGGCCGGGUAGAGUUCGACACGAGCAGGCGGCUCGGGAACGUGAUCGACCGGCACCAAGGCAAGUGGAUCGGGAUGCACUACGACUCCCUAAUGGCUCCGAUCGAGUUUCCCUUUCCCGCGAUCCUGACCGCGUUCUUGGGCUAUUACCGGGUGGUGCCGGCUCAAAUUUGCCCGAACGCGCACCGUAUUCUCGCCUGCUUCACCCAGAUUUGCGCUCAGCACCAGGUGGCGUGCUCGAUGGAGCUUUUUAAUUAUAUCUACCAGUCCCGGGAAGGACGAUGCACGAUUUCCGGAUUGCCCAGGAACAACAAGGGCUGGAAGAACCGGAUAUUCUCGGUCAAGUAUGACCCAUGGAUUCUCCCGGUCGACAGGGUAUGGAGUACCCAUUUCAGGAAACAAGUGGUGCCGGACGAGACUCCACUCCUCCGGGAGGCCGUGAUGAGAACCUCGAGCGAGGUUCAUGAAUACAAGAUCUUCCGGACGGCGGAGAGCCUUGCAGCAGCCCGGUUGCCCGAACUGGUGUAUGAGCUGAGAGAGAAGUACAAGCCGGUCCCGAUGGGAGUGGUGCCCAGAGCCCCUGCUCGGGGAAAACGGAAGGCAGCAGAAAUGGCGCCCAAGCGAAUAGUCCGCCCGAGCUCUCCUCCCCGAACCAAGAUCGCCCUGGGGAAGAAGAAGCCUUCAGCAGGCCCAUCUGGGGAAGAGUCGAUCCCGGUUGGACGACCAGUCAACCCGGUCACGCUGGUGACCGAGGAAGGGGGCGUGGUGGACGCCUCGGAAACCCUGGUCACUCGGGUGACCAGCAAGUCGAAGGGCUCGAGCUCGAGCAGGCCGGUCGAGACAUCGGCCCAAGAUGUGGCCGGAAACAAACGGCAACGGUCGGAAAAGAGUCCGAAUCCCACGAUCGGCUCCGGGAUGGCCGACGCUUCCAUUCUCUCGCGGAUCGGCAAUCUGACGCCGAUCGGUCCCGAGCUGUCCAGUCUGAGCUCGACCCAGCUGGCCGAGCGGCUGGGAUACGGUCUUACCGAGCUCUCCAGGAUCGGGGCGAUCCUUCAUGGCCAAGCUCUAAUGGCCACCGAAGCCGAUCGGUACAAGAAGUUGGCCGAUCGAAGGCUCAAGGAAAACGCCGAGCAGGCGCUCGAGCUAAAGCGGGCCAAAGACGCGCUCGAGAAAAGGGAGACCGAGCGGGCGGUCAUGCUGAAGAAGAUCACGGAGCUGAGGGAGCGGCUUAAGGGGUCGGAAGCCCGUUCGUGCAACCCUGACGAAGCAGUCAAGUACUUUUUCCGGGACGUGGCCCCGGGCAUGGAGUUCAUGCGGAAGAUGCGGUCGAACGUGAUCGCAGAUGAGAUCGUGUGGACCUUCGGCAAUUGGGCCUACAGCACCGGGGAGAAGGAUAUGCGCGACCGCACGGAGAAAAACAUGCGGGAGGCGCUCGAGGGCGAAGACCUCGAACUAGUGCUGACCACGCUCCCGAGAGCUGGUCCUGACCCUGGGCAGGAUCCAUUUGAUCCCGAGCUGGAGAUUGUUGAGCCCAGCAGGGCUGCUACUGAAGUGGAACCAGCCGGGAAAGAAGCUGCUGCCCCGAGCGACGCCGAGGCCUCCAAGAAGUGAAGACUGUAAUCCUUCUCCUUUUUCCUUCCCUUUUGUAUU